UGCCGGGAUACUAUCAAGUAACGCUUUGUAUAAAAUUCGUUCAAUUUCCGCUCCUGCAUUCGCCUGAUUCCGUGAACAGAAAACAAAUGCAGGUAAAUUUUCAAGAAGAUAUCAGCGAAUACAAUAAAAAGCAUCAGUCUGUACACUUGUGUUAUGUUAUCACUUAGUUAAUAUUUCAAAGGGACUUGUUAUAAUUAUUAGGCACAUAUUGUGCCUUGUUAGUCUAUCUAUGAUUUUGCAGUUUUUAUUUUGUAUAGGCCAAAUACAACGAAUUAAAAUCUUGGCAUGAUCCUGCAUUUUGAUGAGCGGAAUAUUCACAUGUGCCACUGCCAAUGUCGCCUGCUAAUUAUAAUUUUUAUAUUACAUUCGUUCAGUAUGCAUUCUGCUAUCGAAACCUUAAUCCAGAAUACUGAUAGUGAAUAAUAAUGGUGCUUCGAGAUCAACUCAGGCUGAAACUGUUGGAAGUUAAAGAUGAAGAGGAGUACAGGCAAGUGUUUCUAUUUCUUUACAUUUUUGAGGUUGAUGUUAACAAAUGAUCCUAUUACACCAUACGCCCCAUGGUUUUAUACCUGGGUUGAACAUGGGCAGCUAGCAGCAUUUGCUUGGCCCCAAACCAAAGGCAACUUGACCUAUAUGUGGAAUGAUGGUAUCAGACAUAUAAUUACCUUAAGCCCAGAAAAAAUUCCAGACUUGACAGACACCGAGUUUGAACGGACUUACAUACCCAUUCCUGAGUGUCAUGCACCAACAAUAGAAGAUAUUUUCAAGUUUAUAAGUACUAUACAGUUUUGUAAGAAAAGAGGACUGCCAGUUGGAGUUCAUUGCCGUAUGGGCCUUGGCCGGACGGGUGUUAUGGUUGCUGUCUAUCUAAUGUAUUUCCACGGCAUGGAGCCCAUUCAAGCACUAAGGAACCUUCGCUAUUUGAGACCUGGCUCUGUGGACUCUGAAGUACAAGAGAAGUGUGUAUUAGAGUACCGACCAAACGCAAAGAUCAGCAAUGAUAACAGGAUACAGAAGAUUACCAAAGAAGGGAAUCAUUUGCUAUCACUUCUCAGGGGAGACAACAGGACUGGUGUCUUGGGACCUCCUAGGAAAUGGGACAUAGCUGGCAUAUCUGAAUGCUGAAAUAUUUUCUUUUAUAAAAUCAUCAAUAAAUCUGUUAGAAGGUAAAUUACAGCUUUUUAAUGAAUGAAUAAUAAACGAUGAGUUGAAGCAAUAAACUCUGGUAGAAUCUGCAGCUGGUAAUUGUUUAUUCAGUGACACAGAAGACCUAGCAAAAAUGAUUUAAUGUGCAUGAAAUUUUAUAUUCAGUUGACAUGAACAAAACGAAGCCAUGAUUGAAUUUUGGAGUGAUAAUAUUCAGUUAUAUGCACCUAAUAACAAUGUAAGUGACAAAUUUCAGCAGAGCUACUUCAUUUUUUAGCAACUGCAGUAAAAAUUUUUAACAUUAAGUAGUAUUGUGGAUGCAUAUGUACUUCCAACAUGACGGCGCAGCUGCGCAUUAUCAUAAUCGUGUGCGUAACUAUCUGGACACCUGGA